UCGAGCUGUCCUUUUAUAUAAAGCAAUACAAUACCCUAAAUCCACUUUUUAUCCUCUUAACCAAUUUUCCUUCUGAGCGUCGCUUUCUCUUUUGCUAUUCCGACAUCGUAUAUCAAAAAACAUGUACGGUCAACAAGGCGACGGAUCUGGUCCACCGCCUAUGGGCGGAGGAGGUUAUGGAGGUAACGGAAGCUCUGGAGGAUACGGCGGCGGAGGCUACGGUGGCUCUGGAGGAGGUGGUGGCUAUGGUGGAGGAGAUGGUGGUUAUGGAGGAAGCGGUGGAGGAUACGGUGGCGGCGGUGGCCGGGGAGGCGGUAGAGGUGGUGGUGGUGGAGGCAGAGGAGGUGGUGGUUACGGCGGUAAUAUGCAGAAUCGAGGUGGUGGUGGUGGAUACCAAGGAGGAGAUCGUGGGGGUGGUGGUGGCUACCAAGGGGGGGACCGCGGAGGUCGUGGUGGAGGUGGCGGUAGAGGAGGUGGCCGCGGUGGUGGAAGUGGCAGAGAUGGGGACUGGCGUUGUCCUAACCCAAGCUGUGGGAAUUUGAACUUUGCUAGAAGAGAUAAGUGUAACAAAUGUGGUGCACUCCCUCCUGCUGGUGCUGGUGACCGUGGUGACAGAGGUGGUGGUAAUUAUAAUAGAGAUGGCAAUAAUGCAGGAUAUGGAAAUAAUCGAGGUGGGAGAGGUGGAGGCAGUAGAGGCAGUGGCUACGGUCAUGGAAGAGAGGAUAGUGGUUAUAGUCAAGGAAGAGGUGAUGGAGGUUAUGGUCAAGGAAGAGAUGAUGGUGGUUUUGGUCAGAGCCCUGUUGUAGCUCCUUCUUAUGGUGGACAUGGUGGUAACUAUGCACCACCACCUAGCAGUUUUGGUGGAAACCCUAAUUAUGCUCAAGAUGCUGUUCCUCCACCUUCAAGCUAUAGUGGGGGGCCUUCUUCAUAUCCUCCAUCAUAUGGUGCUCCACCUGGUGGCUAUGAUGGAGGCUACGGAGGUGGUCCACGGAAUCUGGGUGGUGGAUAUGGUGGUGCUCCAGCUGAAGCUCCUGUUAAAGUGAAGCAGUGUGAUGAAAACUGUGGGGAUGCGUGUGACAACUCGAGAAUUUACAUUUCAAAUUUGCCUCCAGAUGUGACCAUUGAAGAACUUCAAGAACUUUUUGGAAGCAUUGGACAAGUUGCAAGGAUCAAACAAAAGCGAGGUUAUAAAGAUCAGUGGCCCUGGAGUAUAAAACUGUACACAGAUGACCAAGGAAAAAACAAAGGAGAUGCAGUUUUAUCUUAUGAAGAUCCUUCUGCAGCACACUCUGCUGGUGGCUUUUUCAAUAAUCACGAUCUACGAGGUUAUGCAAUCAGUGUGGCUAUGGCUGAGAAAUCUGCACCAAAACCUGCCUCACAGCAUGGAUAUGGGGGAGGUGGUAGAGGCGGUUAUGGGGGUGAUAGACGUAGAGACAACUACAGAGAUGGUGGAGGUUCUGGUCCGGAUAGAAAUUAUCAUGGAGGAAACCGUUCACGCCCUUAUUAGACCUCAUCCAAGCAUAUAUGUACUAAAACUUGUGGUGGGAGGGGUUUUAUUUUAUUCCAUUGCAGAUUGUUCUCUAACGGGAGAUUAAGAGGUAGGUUGUUCACUACUCUGAGCGAUACCCUUUUUCUCCUUUUGUUUUGAGUACUAGUUGUCGGGCUCUUUUCCUUUUCAAGCUACAGAUUGAUUCGAACUUGUGUGAAUGUUUUUAUAGAGGGAAGUGGAUAUUCUCCAAAUUGCUGCUAAGGUAGGUUGAAAUUAUCAGGUGAGUGUUGCUUUUCUAGUGAUUACAUUGUGCUGUUAAGUUGGUCUUAAGUGAUGCAUUUUGUGGAUUGCAUGCUUGGUUCAUGCGUAUUGGCUUUGAUGUUUGCAUCAUAUAAGAAUGACGUUUUUGCAUCUUUCUGAUAUUUGUAUUUGGCAUGGCGUAAUUCAUGCAUCGAAUAAUUUGUCUCUUCUAUGGCCUUUAUGUCUUCUAUACCAAAGUGCUGAUAUGAGAUUCCACAUACUUUUGAGUUAUUUGGGAAUGUGAAAGUUGUAAGUGAUGAGCCAAAUCACGAGUUAGGAGGAGAAUGUUCUAAAAGCUUUCACCGGAAACUACUUUUGGAAUUUUCUCUGUCGUUGGUCUCCAGACCAUAUCAUGGUUAAUUUACUUCCGUGUUCCAGAACUUCCGAAGCUGAAUAGGAGUUUUUUUGCCUCUCCGUUUAGGGGCUUUCUAGUUUCUACGAGCCCUUGAGGAGUUGGAGCUAAUUAUGAUUUUUAAUCCCCAAAAAGUCAGAGCUAUUGCUCCCAACUUGAUUGCAAGUCUCUGUAAGAGGGAACAAAGACAAUUUAACGCAGGGAACUUUCCAUAUGUUUUAUUUAUCAUAUCAAUGAUAAUCUGGUAUUAUAUUGCAAGGGAAUUGUAUUAAUAAUAUCUUUUUAUUAGGCAUGGUUAUAUAGUAGACCUAGGAAUUGAAUCUGUUCGGAAUCAAACCCUCGUGAUAAUAGCAAGGCUUGAAACCUUUGGAAGUUGGUGCGCUGUAGAAACGCGUGGAGCUCACUGGGACUACGUUUUGUGAUCGACUUGGGAUCAAAUGGCUAAGGUGUCAGCUUUGGUUCUUGCGCUUGGGUCUGAUCGACAGCAACAUUUUCAAAGUGUUGCAAAAUGCUUUUACUGUUUUUGGUGUUCAUCUGAUUCUCUCCCUAGCUUGUUGAUGCGGCUAUGUUGUUGUUCUAUUCGCUUCUCUCUCUCUCUAUCCGUUUUAGCCCUUUUCUUUCUGAUGGUUACCUAGUUGACGAUGUAAAUAUCGUUUGUAAUCCUAAGGUUAUUUUCAGGAGCAGAUCAUACAUAAACACGAAAUGAGGCAAGCGGUCUAAUUUUUUUCUUUG